UCUGCAGCUUGACGACACAUGCCGACGGAUCUCAGCUUUGUUCUAUUUCUGCUGCAGGACAUCAUGUCACACACACAACAUGAGUCACUUUACAAUUAUUAAUUAUUACGACUCUUUAAAAAAUGUUUUUGUGACAAGAGAGGCUCCGUACAAGGUACAGAACUACACAUUCACAAACAAUUUCACUCAAAACUGACUGUGUUUACUCACAGGAGAGAUGAAACCACGACCCAAGAAGGUCAUAGGAACGGUGAUGAAAAACCAAGAAGCCAAGACGGACAACCAAAAACCUGCCUACAACUUCUUUGUCAGAUUUUCUGAGUUGACUGGAGUGGCCGACUAUCUCUUACUCAAGAGAGGCGCUCCUCUCCCUCCGGGGCCGAGUUGCAGCGCCACCGAGGGAUUUACCAGCUGUUAUACGCAGACACAGACGGGGGACACGCGCUGGAGCCCGCGUGAGGCAAAAGAGGGCAAAUAAUAGGAGGAGAUUUAAACCUUAUUUGCCCUCCGAAAUCAUGGGGAACCUCAGGUCGCUGGGAAACAAGACGGACAAACUCGCAGCACCUGUUCCGGGAGUCUGGUUUGCUGUGCUUUACGGAGACAUGGCUUAACGGGGAAACACCAGACUGUCUGGUGGAGCCGGACGGCUUCACUGUGGUUCGAGCAGACAGAAACAAGCAGAGAGGCGGAGGACUGGCCGUCUUUAUUCACACACGAUGGUGUAACCCAGGAACCGGAUCGGUAAAGGACAGUAUUAGUACUCCGGACAUUGAGCUGUUGGCGCUGAGUUUGAGGCCGUACUGUUUACCUCGGGAGUUCUCACACGCCAUCGCUGUUGUUGUUUACAUCCCACCAAGUGCUGCAGCGUCGCAGGCCAAUGAUGUCCUCCACUCCUCCACGCGGGGGUACAGACGGGCACCCCAGUGCAUUUAUGUAAAAGUCUCCAAAAGUCUUUCAAACUUCACCCAGUGUGUGACCGGUGGCACUAGGAACAGUAAGACACUGGACCUGCUGUAUGCCAAUGUUAAGGAGGCAUACAGCUCCACCAUCCUCCCCCCCCUUGGCAGUUCAGACCACAACCUGAUCAGGCUUGUUCCCAAAUACAAGCCCCUUGUCAGGAGACAGCCUACCACCAUCCGGACUGUACAGCAGUGGUCUGGUGGGGUCGAGGAGGAGUUGAGGGAGUGCUACAGGACAACAGACUGGGACAUGUUUCAGAGAGUUCAUGGGGAGGACAUUAAUGGACUCUCACAGAGCAUCACGGACUACAUCAGUUUCUGUGAGGAGAGCAUUGUACCCACCAAAAAGGUUUGAUGCUUCCCAAACAAUAAACCCUGAUCAACGGGGACAUUACAACCUGCUGAACAAGAAAAAAACGCUUUCAUGGCAAGAGACGCUGAGGGGGCUCAAGCUGUACGGAAGCAGCUGAAGAAAGAGCUAAAGGCAGCCAAGGAGAACUACAAAGCCAGACUGGAGGGACGUCUGGAGGCCCACAGCUCAAGAGAGGUGUGGGGAGGGGUGAGGAACAUCACAGGCUCCAAACAGUCAAACACGGCUAUGGAAGGGACCCCUGAAGGUGGGAAUGAGCUGAACCUGUUCUUCAACAGGUUUGAUCUUCCCAUCUCCAGCUCAACAGGGCAGCAGGGGUUCUCUGGCACCAUUUCCCACCUCCUUUACUUCUUCUCCAAACAUACCCGACACCACUCCACAGGGGACAGCAGCCUCUCCCCAUCCAACCGCACUCUUGGGUGACACUUCCAGCAGCUUCACACCUCCGAUAAUCACCACCGGACAGGUCAGGGAUCAGCUCUCGAAGAUCAAUGUGAGAAAGGCCAGGGGGCCAUACAACACCAACCCCAGGUGCUCAAGGUGUGCUCCGGACAGUCAGCAGGAGCUUUCAGCACCUCUUCAGUCUCUCUCUGGAGCUGAUGAAAGGGCCUGAGAUCUGGAAGACUUCCUGCAUUGUCCCGGUGCCCAAGAAAACACGCCCCAGCACUCCAGGAGACUACAGGCCUGUUGCUCUGACCCCUCCUGUCAUGAAGAUCUUUGAGAGACUGAUCCUGCAGCAUCUCAAACCCCUCGUGUGUGACUCCCUGUACCCUCUACAGUUUGCCUACCACGCCCACAUCGGUGUAGAGGAGGCCCUCUCUACAUGCUGCACAGAGCCAACUCACACCUGGAGAAGCCGCACAGCUCACUAAGAACCCUGUUGUUCCACUUCUCCAGCGCCUUCAACACCAUCCAGCCACACCUGCCCUCUGAGAAGCUGUCCUGAUGCAGGUGGAUCACAGCUUGGUGGCCUGGAUCACUGACUACCUCACCAGCAGACCUCAGUAUGUCAGACUGCAGGGCAGCGGGUCUGAUGUGAGCAACACUGGAGCCCCCAGAGGAACUGCGCUGUCACUCUUCCUGUUCACCCUCUACACCUCUGACCUCUGCUUCCACUCCGGCUCAUGCCACCUACAGAAGUUCUCCGAUGACUCCUCCAUCGUCAGCUGCAUCACAGAUGACAACGAGGAGGAGUACAGGGCCCUGGUGGAGAACUUCGUAGGCUGGAGUGACAACAACCACCUCCAGCUCAACAUCAGCAGGGCUAAGGAGCUGGAGGUGGACUUCAGGAGGAGCACGAAGAGGUCUCUAACCCCCAUCACCAUCAGGGGGGAGGAGGUGGAGGUGGUGAACAGCUACAAGUUCCUGGGAGUGCACCUGAACAGUAAACUGGACUGGAGAGACAACACUGAUGCUCUCUGCAGGAAGGGACAGAGCAAGCUGUUCCUCCUGAGGGGGCUCAGGUCCUUCAGCGUGUGCACGAGGCUGCUGCAGACGCUCUACCGGUCUGUGAGGGCCAGUGUGCUCUUCUUUGUGCUGGGGGGGACACCAACCAAAGGGAUGCUGACAGGCUGAACAAGCUGGUGAGGAAGGCUAGCUCUGUAGUUGGAGUUAAACUGGACAAUCUGGAGGAGGUGGCUGAGGGGAGGAUGAGGAGGAACCU